UUAACUGAGCUGCCAUAUAUCAUCAUGGCCUUCCCCCUCCCAGAGGCUGUAAAGGAAUUCCCUCUUACAGUGCCACCCUUCUGGAUUUCUCCCCGCCUAGUUUCGGUUUCGGCCUUUUGCAAGCUUUUGCACAGGCGAGGGGGCAGGCGGUGGCAGAGGUCCAGCAACAGCCGUUGCAAAGUUCCUUUUUAGACCUCCCUCGCAGUGGCAGCCAUGGCCGCGGCCGAUCCUGCCCGUGCCCUGCAGGAAGAGCUCUUCUGCCCGAUCUGCCUGGAUUACUUCACCGAGCCGGUGAUCCUCAACUGCGAGCACAAUUUCUGCCGGGCCUGCAUCGUCACCUACUGGAGCGGCUCGGGCGACAGCUUCCCUUGCCCCCAGUGCAGGAAAAGGUCCCACAAAGGGAAACUCCGGCCGAACGCCCAGCUGGGGAAGGUGGCCGAGAGGGCCAAGGAGCUGGCCUCGGUCGCAGCGCCGCGUAAGGGCCCUCCAGGCUCCACUUCUCGGGCCGGCAGCAAGCCGGGAGCCGGCUGGGAAAUGUGCAAGCAGCACUCGGAGGCGCUGAAAUUAUUCUGCCGGGACGACGAGGCGCUGAUCUGUGUGGUUUGCGACAGGGCCAAGGAGCACAGAGUUCACACGGUGGUCCCUGUAGAGGAGGCAGCCGAGGAGUACAAGGAACAGUUUCAACACCACUUGGCCAUGCUGAAAAGCGAGAGGGACAGCAGGGAGAUCCUUGCAGUAAACCAAGGGAAGAGACUGGAAAUGCUGGUGGGUCGCACAGCAGCUGAGAGGCAGCGAACCGCCCGCACGUUCCAGCAGUUACGGGAGACCCUGCAGGACAGGGAGAGCCAUAUCCUACAGGGGCUGACGAAAGUGACCGACGACCUGAAGGAAAUGCAGCAGGAGAACAACAGCAAGGUCCAGCGGGGGAUGCCACUUCUACAAGGAUUGAUAGUUGAGCUGGAGAACAAGUGUCAGCAGCCAGACACUGAGUUUCUCAAGGAUGUUGGAAGCCUAUUGAACAGGUGCAAAAAUUGGAACUUUCCAAAAUGGUCACCAGUGUCCACCACAGAACAGGAAGAGAGAAUUUCCCAUUUCUCCCGGAAGAAGACAGCCCUAUGGGAGCAUAUGACUGAGAUGCGAGAGAUCGUGACCUUGGAUCCCGAUUCAGCUCAUCCCAGACUUGCAAUUUCAGCUGACCGGAGGACUGUGAGCCGCAGGGACACUUUUCCAGCUCACCAGAACACUUCUAAAAGAUUUUACCCGUCUUUCUGUGUGCUGGGUUCCGAGGGCUUCACAGGUGGCCGUCAUCACUGGCUGGUGGAUGUGAAUGGCCGCUGUGGUUGGGCCCUGGGUGUUGCUCAAGAGUCUGUGGAAAGGAAGAGGCCAAUGGUACUUGAGCCAGAGCAUGGAGUUUGGGCCGUGGAGCUGGGCCCUUAUGAGCUCCUUCCUGCAGCACCAGCAUCUGGGGCAAAGCCAGAGGCGAAAACCCGCAGGGUUCUUGUUAGCUUGGACUAUGAAGCAGGGUGGGUGACCUUCUCUGACACCUGUAACUCAGAACCUCUCUUCACCUUCAGGGCCUCCUUCAGAGAGAAGCUCUACCCUUUCUUUUGGCUGUGGUCCCCUGAGGCCUCGAUCACACUGUGUCCCUGACACAAGUGAGGGGUGGGACAGAAUGGGAUACCUUCACUUGAUCUCCGUCUUCUGCCUUGGAGUGAGAAGAGAAGAAAAGAACUUUCACUGAUUUACCCAGUCUCAUCAAACUUUGGAUCAAAUUAAAGCCUGGAGGCUUCCAUCGUCUUAGGGUGGGACUCUAUCAGGGGUUGGCAUCAUGGUGCCCUCCAGAUCUUAUGGACUACCAUUAUCCCUGGUCAGUUGGAGCCAUGGGCUCCUGCUGGGAGGAAGGGCGGGAUAUAAAUCAAAUAAUAAUAAUAAUAAUUAGCCAUACUGGCAGGGGCUGAUGGGAGCUGUAGUCCAAAACGUCUGGAAGACACCACAUUGACUACCCCUGGGUCUAUAGGAGGGAUGAGGAACUUGUGGGCCCUCUAGAUGCUGUCGGACUCUUACCUCCCAUUAGCCCUGGCCAGCAUGGCCAAUGGCCAGGGUGACAGGAGUUGUAAUCCAGCAACAUCUGGAGGAUCAUAUAUUACCAAGCCUUCAUUUGCCGAGAUGAUGUGGUGCAAUGGUUAGAGUGUUGGACGUAGAUUGGGGAGGCUGAGGUUCACUCCACCCUACAGUCACAAAGUGCACUGGAUAACCUAGAGCCAGUCACUUUCUCUCUGCCUAAUUUACCUCACAGGAUUAUUUCAGUUCUUUAGCUCAAGGGCAGUGGUCAAGGAAGAUGGGAAUUAUGGUCCAACAGCAUUGGGAGGGCACCAGGUCCCCCAUUGCUGCUUCAGAGGACGGAUGGGAUGGAAAUGGAAUAAAUGCAAAGGUUGCCAAGAAGGAUCAGUGUAGGGUGACAGGGGCAGCUCCCUAUCUCAUCCUGUGCUUGCAGUUUGUCUCCGGCAAAUGCUCCCUAAUGGCGUUUUCCCUCAGCUGUGGAAAAAGUAAUGUAAAAUGGGUUGUGGUGGAGAGGAGGGUUAAGCAAUACUUAUCAAUGUUGAUUUUCCCCAGCGAGUGGGAAGGAAGGCUUUUGGGCCGAAAGUUUUGGCAAACAAGGAAAAACACAAGUUUGGGGAUGCUGUGUUUGCCUUGUAACAUUUAGCUCCACUCUUAGGCUUAAAUUACUUGUAUCUGGUCCCUUAUUAAUGAUUACAUUACUAUUUUUGUUAUUUUGCUGGUUGGGGAAGAAGCUGCAGCGAAGCCAAGAGAUGGCAGAGCCUCUGCUCCUCUUUUUCUUUCUCCAUAGUCCCCUGACCUCGAAUCCUGGGCUGUUUAAGCUUCUGAACUCCAAGAGCACUUCAUUAAGGCCACAUUCACACCAUACAUUUAUUCCACUAUUAUUGCACUUUAAACAGUCAUGGCUUCCCCCAAAGAAUCCUGGGAAGUGUAGUAUGUGAAGGGUGCUAAAAGUUGUUAGGAGACUCCAAUUCCCCCCACAGAGCAGCAGUUUCCAGAGUUCUCUGGGAAGAGGGACUGACUGUUAAGACAAUCUGGCAGUUGUAGCUCUGUGAGGGGAAAAGGGUUCUCCCAACAACUCCCAGCAUCCUUCACAAGCUUACCCUUCUUAAUGCAGCCUAGGUUUUGGCAGUAGCAGUACUCUCCCCUUCUCUUGGCUGGCCUGACUGAGGCGGUGUACACAAUACAUUUAAUCCACAUAUCCCCACCACCACCAAGAAUCCUGGGAAAUAGUUUGUCAAGGGUGCUAGAAACUGUAGUUUACUGUAGCACUGUGAGGUAUAAACUACAAUUCCUAGGAUUCUUGCUGUGUGUGUGUGGGUGCUUUAAAUGUAUGGUGUGCAAGCAACAUGAGUUAUAGUAGCCCUGGCUCCUGGAGAGGUUGUUCAGGGCCUCCUUAAAGAGACAAUCACAGGAAAAGCCAUUCUACCCAAGGUGAUCCCCUGUGGAUCUUUACAAUCUGUAAUUUGCCAAGACAGCCAGUAGGAUGCAGCAUUGCCAUGAAAAGAGAAUCUGCAUCCCAGACUGUCAAGGCACUGUCUCUUAAAUGCUGCUGUCUCAUUUCCACCCAAUCCAAUUUUAAUUCUUUAUUUGUUAUCUUGGUCUCUCAUUUCCGUGGUAAGAUGCCACGUUGACUUCUGAAUCAAAUACGAUGAUUACGCAUGCUCACCUUUUUUGGACAGCAAAUGCUCCAAAAUAGGCAAACAAUGGCGGUAUAGGAAAUGGUUUCUGUGCCAACUGAUUGUACAUGAUGACCGGGUAAUGACUUUAUGAAAGACUGCACCUAAAGAGGUGUGUUUGGGAGGUUGCUUGAUUCAGUUCAGGACAAGGUGUCUAUCCUUUUAAUAAUUGCGUAGUAGAGAGAACAAGUUCCUGCAACAAAAUGUCACAGUGUGGGGUGCUCACCAUACAUAUAAAGCACUCCUAUACUUCUAUAAAUAGUCACUGCUUCCCCCCUAAAGAA